GGUCAUGAGGAGGGCUAAGGCAAACGCGAAAAAGAAAAUGGACUACUUCAAAACGGAGAUUGCCUCAAUGGCGCGGCCUAAUUUUUGUCACAGACACGAGUCCUCUAUGUAUCUCUAUGGUUCCAGCCAUUACCUCAGUGGGUGCAUCCAUCGAGCUAGAUUGGAUUUAGGUAGCUAACGGUAGUAAAUGUAUUCAUCUACGUUUAGGUAAAACGUGACUGUAUUGGUGCGUGUAACAUUACCUAUCCGUUAACUUCGGAAAGAAGCAGAGUCCCUCAUUCCAGCCAGCCAGAAAAGCUAACAACUCAGAAUACCCGGUGUUCCUGUCCGCCUGGCUAGCGAGCACAAUACCGCCCACAGAUACGGGUUCUACGGGAAAUGGUCGACGUUCUCAUGUGUCCAUGGAGAAGGCGGCCUUUGAGGGGUGGCUGGAGUCGGUCUCCGCCUCUUUCCUCACACUGAGCGACCAGCAGCGCAACCAGUCCCUGGACCAACUCAUCUCGCUGAGCGGUGCAGUCCAGCUGCGGCACCUGUCCAACGGACUGGAGGCGCUGCUCAAGCGGGACUUCCUGCGACUGCUGCCCCUGGAGCUCACCUUCUAUUUGCUGCACUGGCUCGACCCGCAGACCCUGCUCACCUGCUGCCUGGUGUGCAAGGGGUGGAAUAAGGUGAUAAGUGCGUGCACGGAGGUGUGGCAGGGUGUGUGCCGCGACCUGGGCUGGCGCAUCGAUGACUCCAUCCAGGACGCGUCCCACUGGAAGGGUAUCUACCUCAAGGCCAAGCUGCGCAUGAUGCAGUUGAAGGACCAGGAGGCCUUUGAGACCUCGUCGCUCAUCGGGCACAGUGCGCGCGUCUACGCCCUCUACUACAAGGAUGGCCUUCUCUGCACAGGCUCUGAUGACCUUUCUGCCAAACUGUGGGACGUCCGCACCGGGCAGUGCAUCUACGGCAUUCAGACACACACCUGCGCCACAGUGAAGUUUGAUGAGCAGAAGCUGGUGACUGGGUCCUUUGACAACACUAUCGCCUGCUGGGAGUGGAGCACAGGUGCCAAGAUCCAGCAGUUCCGUGGGCACACGGGUGCAGUGUUCAGCGUGGACUACGAGGAUGAUCUGGACACGCUGGUGAGCGGCUCUGCCGACUUCUCUGUCAAGGUGUGGUCCCUGUCGGCAGGCGCCUGCCUCAACACCCUCACGGGACAUACUGAGUGGGUCACCAAGGUGAUUCUUCAGAAGAGUGAAGUAGAAUCCAUGGUGCACUGUCCUGGCGACUACAUUCUGUUGAGUGCUGACAAAUAUGAAAUAAAGGUUUGGCCUAUAGGCAGGGAAAUCAACUGUAAGUGCUUGAAGACCUUGUCUGUGUCAGAGGACCGUAGUGUGUGUCUGCAGCCUCGCCUGCAGUUUGACGGCCGCUAUGUCGUUUGUAGCUCGGACCUGGGGAUCUACCAGUGGGACUUUGCCAGCUUCGAUAUCCUCAGGGUCAUCAAAACGCAAGACCCCGCCAACCUUUCCCUGCUCAGCUUCGGUGAGGUGUUCUCGCUCCUCUUCGACACCGACUUCUUGUAUGUCAUGGACCUGAGGACAGAAAGGAUAACGGGUCGUUGGCCUCUGCCUGCCUACAGGAAGUCCAAACGAGGUUCCAGCUUCCUGCCGGGAGUCACCUCCUGGCUCAAUGGGCUGGAUGGGCGAAAUGACUCUGGCCUCGUGUUCGCCACGAGCAUGCCUGACCAUAGCAUUCACUUGGUUCUGUGGAAAGAAAACCGAUAAAGAAAGCUAUCGGCGAAACCUACGAGAGCUAGAAUGUCAAUUGCCAUGUAAACAGGGUGCUCUGACUUUCGAAACCCAACAUCAAGUUAGAUAAUGCAUGGGCCAAAGUUGUUUUCCCUUUCUUUUUUUUCUCGACACAAGCUCUCAUACACGCAUCAUGUGACAUGCUGUCACCAACCAUAAGACACACCGAAACGCUGCUAUGAAUACAAGGGGAAGAAAGGCCCAGUUCAGAGGGCCAAGGAAGCAGUUGGUGUUAGUUCCAACCCUGCCAUGGGUCUUCUCACUUUGAAGGAAAUACAAGGACCGGGACGGUGGCUGAAUGAAGACCGAACUCUCGAAGAACUGCAUGGUCUACAACCAUUGGACUGUGACAAUUUUACAAAAAACAUUGCAAAACAAGUCAGGCUCUACAGCUGUAGACAUUUCCCCUGUAUUACCAUGUAUCAGAACUUUUAAACUUCAGACAAGGUUCUUCAAGCAGUUACGAGGCGGGAAGUUGCCUUAACACAAUACUUCGUUACACGAAAGUACAUCUAUGACUUUGGCACAGUUUUUCCUAGACUGUCAAAUACCAUCCCCAUGAGAGUUUUAUGUUGAAAUGUUCAAAGUGGUUUGGUGCAUCGGAUUUGUACCAUAUUCAAUGUAAAUCCAUUGUUUGAUAAUGCUUUUCUUAAAAGUCAACAUGACAUUAAGUUGUGCCUUUUCCUUUGAUUUGAAUAUUCACCUAGGUGUGACAAAUCAAACUAGAAUUUCAUUAUUACCAGGCACAUUGCAAUGAGAUAAUGAAUGUUGUAAUUGUAUAUAUAUUUUUAUUAUCUUUCGUACUCUCCAUACUAUAACCAACCGCAUACAAUGUAUUUCUAAACUUACUAGGUCACGAUACCAACAUUUUACAAACCAUUUUUACAUCAGGCCAAGUAUCAUGCUGCAAACGAAUAAUUAGCAACCCGGGAUUAGUUUAAAAUGGCCCGCGACAUGGUUUGUGAAAUUAUAUAAAAUGCGCGCGGAUCCUGAUAGAAAGGGAAAAAAGGCAUUCUGUUAAUAUGGGUAAUAUUUUUUUGAAUGUUUAGGCCAACUAAAGACUAGACGUUUUUUGUUGUUGCUGUAAAGCAUGCCUGUGGCGAAAGGGUGCUCCAUUUCACCUCUCUGACAUGCCGACCAGGCCAGACACAUCGCGGAUGCCGCAAAAUAAAUGUAGAAAUCCAUGUUAUUCAAUUAAUCUGCGUUCUCGCUCGCCACCGGCUACGCGCGUGCGCUAUCGUGCAUAAAUGUAUUUUGUCCCCCUACACCAAACGCGAUCACGACAUGCAGGUUAAAAUAUCAAAAACUCUGAACCAAUGACAUUAAUUUGGGGACAGGUUGAAAACCAUUAAACAUGGCAAUUUAGCUAGUUAGAACGGCCAACUGAAUUGUUUCUAGUCAUCUCUCCUCCUUCCAGGCUUUUUUAUCUUUGAACUUAUAUGGUGAUUGGCAUCUACACUUACCACGACAACCGGCAAAACAUUUCGUCUUUCAAUCACCCAUGUGGGUAUAACCAAUGAGGACCUGCUUCUAUAAACCAAUGAGGAGAUAGGAGAGGCAGGACUUUCAGUGCGAUCUGCGUCAGAAAUAGUUAUAUUUUAGGCCAUGACAUCGCUGACGCGCGUAAUAAUUGAAUGACACGGAUUUCUACAUUUAUUUUGCGACUCAAGCACGGUCAGCAUGUAAAUUCUAUAUAUUUUUAAACUGAUGGCGGAAUAGCCGAGUUUGAAGAGCGGACAGAGAAGCGGGUGAGUGAGGGCUGUUAGUGGAUGCAAUGCACUGAUUACAGCUGCGACACUUGAUACGCGAAUGACAGAAGUGGAUAUCAUUGGACCUGCGAAUACAAGAGACGAGUGGCUUAAAUUCAACUCAAUUUAUUAACAAAACUGACUUUAAACAACAGGCGCCAGCAGGCUCUUUAGAUCGGCAGGGCUUAACAAGUUGGUAGUAUUGUGAAAUGGUACAAUGGUGUUCUAAAAUGUUGGUAUUAUAAAGAUCAUCCGUUUUGGUACCUUUUAUUACCGUGGUACCGGUAUACCGUGCAACACUAAAUCUUGCCACUUGCAACACUAAAUCCUGCUGCUUUUUACCCUACAUGAUUCACUUGAAUAUUUCUUGUGAAUUGCGUUAUUGAAGUAUAGACCAGGUAAAUGUUUUUUUAACAGGAUUUGAAGUUGGGAAUUUUGCACAAUGUGAAUGAGUGAGCAAUUGGUUAUCAGCUUGGGAGUCAAAGCAAGACUUGACUCUCAGCUAUGUUUUACAGUGACAUUCAGUUCAGCAGUGUACUUAGGCCGAGUCAAAUACCCAUCCAUGCAGUUUUUAAAUGUCCAUUUCAAUACUUACAUAUGUGAUUUUCUCUAAAGAUCACAUUGGUUGCUCAGAGGUGAAUUUAGCCCAGAGAUGUUUUAAUACUCUUUCAGAGACCUCAGAUAUCAGGAGUCUUCCCAGUUAAGUGGAAAAGACCGGAUAGAUUUUACACCAUGGCUGUUUCUGAAACAUUUAAUAGUUGUUAAAUACAUGCUUCUUCCAUUCUUGUUUCAUCGAUUCCUUGUACUCUUUCUCAAAGCUCAUUGGGGAGGUCUGAGGGUGGGACCUAGGAUCUUCUCCAAAACACCUUGAAAGGUAAAAAGGUAGUUGAGGAAACAAGGAUGGAGGCAGCAAGGAUUUGAACGCUAGUAACAUUUUUAGACAGUCUAUGCUUCCCUUCUCCCAAGGAUUACUGAUUCGCACUCUGAAGUUCUGUAAUCUGUACAGACAAGUAGCUCUCCUGCCAUUCUGUUUAUGCCUUACUAAGCAGCUGAUGAAUGGUACGGUAAACCUAGACAUUUUUGCUGAUACAAUCUCAUGUUUUAUUAGUUCAAACAAGGCCUCUGAGGUCAGACUACAUGCAUUGCCUCACUAAACUGUAAUCUUUUUUUCACUUGCAUACAUCAAUCAGCUUAAUUCAGGUAUGUUGGUUGUAUAUAACAAUAUUGCAGUCUUUCAAAUAAAUGGAAGUUGCUAACCUUAA